AUGGAGCAACCAUAUAUUGCACAAGAAGAGACUGCAAUUUUACGACAAUAUAAAGAAAAUCAAAUCUCUGCUUGUUCUUUCAGACCAGUAUUUCUUGAUGAAACCUGGAUUUACAGUAAGGGUGGAUUUAGAAAGAGCUGGCAAGAUGGCAGUCUACAAACAGUUCGUAAAACAUCUGGAGAAGGAGUAAGGUAUAUUGUAUUGCAUGCUGGGUCAGAAGAUGGAUUUGUGGAGAAUGCUAGCUUAGUUUUCAAAUCAGGCACUAAAUCGGGUGACUACCAUGAUUCAAUGAACUCGGCAAAUUUUGAAAAGUGGUUUGAAGAACAAUUAAUUCCAAAUUUAGAUGAACCAUCUCUGAUUAUAAUGGAUAAUGCUCCAUACCACAGUACCCUUUUCGAGAGAACUCCAAAUCAGAGUUGGAGUAAGGAAUCCCUGAUUAAUUUCUUGCAAGGAAAGGGAAUUCAAUCACCACCUCUGGCAAUGAAAGAUCAGGUUUGGAAUAUAGUCAAGCAGAAUGUUGCACCUAAGAAAUACAAACUGGACGAAUUACCCAAUGAGAAAGGACAUCGUGUGUUGAGACUUCCUCCAUAUCAUUGUCAGUACAAUCCCAUCGAGAUGGUAUGGUCAGAAUGCAAGCGCUACUAUGAUGCCAAGAUUAGUGCCAUUCAUCCUGUUACAAGUGAUGCAGUAUUAGGUCUUUGGAAAGAAGCACUUGAGAAGGUUACACCAGAGAAAUGGAAGAAUUAUAUCAGACAUACCAAUAGCAUAAUCGAUAAAGCAUGGGCCCAAGAACAACUGAUUGAUGCCUCCGAUAUUCUACCUGUAAUUAUUGACACGAAUGAUUCCGAUUCAGAUGAGGACAAUUAUUUAACUGAGGGAGAAGAAAGUGUGUAGUGUUUAGUGUCUAGUAUUAUUUUUCAUACAUAUUGUUUUAUGUUGUACAGUGUGAGUCAGUGACAGAGUAUAGAGUAA